UAUACAGCAUAGUUAAUGGGAUCAUAUUUGAUUGUGUUUAAAUCUAUUUGAUUAUGUAAUUAGGCAAGGAAUAAAAAAAGUUGGAAUUAAGCAUAAUUGAUUUAAAUAAAGAAGGAUAAGCGAAAUUAUAACGUUGCAUUGGAAAACGUGAGACGAAUGAAAGCGACAAGCAUGAACGUGGUGACAUUUCGACAGAAUUAACAAAAUUUCGUAUCAUCUUCACUCCUGAUCAAUCAUUCGAAAAUUAUCACGGUCUUUUCUUAAAUUCAAUUUUACUAAUCCGGAUUCACCGAUUGCAUGUUCACUGAUAUGAAAAGUAUGGCACAAUCAAAUGAUCAAACGCGUCUAGAAUCAAAUUUGGUGCAGGAAUCUGUCAGUCAAUCAUAUGCUGAUAGGAUUAACCCUCUGUAUAGUUCAGAUGUUAAAAGAGACAUUAAACAAAAUCGUAAAAUAAUUUUUGGGAAAAGUCAGACUACCGGGAAACGGCAGGAGGAUGAAGCGAAGACAUAUUCUAAAUCUAGGGAAAACACUCAUCUUCAAAAAGUUUUUGAAAAGUGGAAUCGGCCUGUUCCAAAUAUAUUUGGCAAUGAAAAUUAUCAUUCACUUUAUUACGGAUCUACGACGUAUGGAUUAAAAUUGCCAAAAACAGACAGGAAGAGUCCAAAAGUUGCAAAAGCUGUAGUAACAAACCCAAAGACGAAUUCUGCGAACACCGCAAAAACGUCAAAGGAAUAUUACCGUCUAUUAUCACCGAAUGAAAACUUAUCACCGUUUUCCCAAAAACGUCAAAUAAUAUCUCAAAAUAAUUCCAAUCUCAAGGAAUCUUCAACAGUCGCAAAAUCGGAUCCGUUAUCCGAAUCUCUAAACGGUAAUAAUCGAAAAAAAGGAACUUGCGAAGAACAAAGAAUACAAGAAGCUUUGCAAAUAAGCUCACGUAAUUCCUCAAAUAAUCUUAGUAAAAAAGAACAACACAUGAUAAUUCAGCAACAAGUUGAAAAAGCCAUAAAGAAUCACAAAAUAUUUCUAAUUCGUGGAGACAUUCCCUACCUGGAAGAUUCCCUGAAGAAAAGAGGCUGGGUACAGAAAUACGAAUCGACAAAAUCUCGAAAUUUACCAUACGGAAGCGUAGCUAGUUUGGACGCACCAUCUUUAGGCACCAUUCAAAACCAGGAUGGCAGCUUAAACGAAAAAGCAAUAAUUUUCCAUGCAUUAAAACACACCUCGCCAAAUUUCAUCUGGGACUGCAGAAACGAAUUUGUAGAUUGGAAUAGUAGUAUCAAGCAAGAUACAUUGCUCAACAGAUUUCAAAAAUCCUUCAUUUACACGUCCAAGUUGGGCAUGGCGACUAUACUUCAGGACGCUCAUUGGUAUUACGAAGACAAUGUAUCCAGUGUCCAGUGUCCAAGAAAUUAUAAUGUCGGUCGUGAAAGAAAUACCUUUGUCGAAGACUACAGAAGAACAGCUGCAGUGAGUCUUUUAAAAUGGUUCGUGGAUCGUGUCAAGGAAGAAGCAGAACUGAUUGGAGUAGGUGCCAAUCAAAUAUCAGCAAAGCAAAUUGAAUUUGCCAUUAAAAGAUGUGAAGAUUAUGUAGCUGAGGUUGGAGAUGAGUACUUGGAUAGAUCUGAAAUAGAAAUACCUUAUCAGGAAUGGGAUUCUUUUAUCGAUGACUACACAAAAGUUGUUCAUUAUGGAAAUGGCCUAUUGCCACUCGAACAAGAUAAUUUGGCAAGCACAGAAGGGUUAUCGAUACAUGAAAUGUACAAACAAGCUGUGCAGACUUUAAAGAAAGUCGAGGACAUUGAUCCGCAAUACAAAUUAAAUGGCAUGAGAAACAUAUGGAUCUUGAAACCCAGUGAUCUUUGCUGUGGAACUGGUAUUGUGAUAAGUCACAAGUUGACUCAUAUCAUUAAAAAAAUUCAUGAUAGUCCUAAGGAUUAUUUUGUUGUACAAAAAUACAUCGAGAGACCAUUACUUGUCCAUGAUACAAAAUUUGAUGUGAGACAAUGGUACCUGGUAACAAAAAGUUAUCCUCUAAACAUUUGGAUAUACAAGGAAGCUCUUUUACGAUUUAGCUCCAGACCAUUUACUUUCUCUCAUUAUCAUGAAGCUGUUCAUAUUUGCAACACCGCAGUACAGUGUAAAUAUGCAGAUCAAAAGAAUUCUGUUCGCUCCCAGGAUUGGGACUGUGAAAAAAUCAAUGAUUACCUUAAAAAAUCCGGUCACAAGGGUGAACCCUGGUACGACGAAAUUUAUCCGAAAAUGUGUGAAGCCAUUGUAGCCACCACGAUAGCAGCACAGGAGCAUAUGGAUAAACGUCGUUGUAGUUUUGAAUUGUAUGGUGCAGAUUUCAUGAUAAUGGAUGACUUAUCAGUGUGGCUGAUAGAGAUCAAUACCAAUCCCCGAAUGCAUCCACCCAGUACUCGAGUAACUGCGAGACUGUAUCCGGAAGUACUGGAGAGUCUAAUAAAAGUAAUAUUGGAUUAUCCGACCAAUCCAAAGGCUGAUACUGGUAACUUCGUUUUGGCAUACCAACAGCAAGUUACAAAUUUUCAACCCUAUUUAGGGGCUAACAUGUUUAUUCUUGGAAAAGGUAUAAAUGCCAAACAGAAAAGUGCACUCCCUCAACCCUGAUUAAUAAACUUAUAACUGUGUUCGAUAAAUGAUACUUAUUCGAGUCAGCAAAUAACCUUACUUCAUUUUUCCAUUGGUGGCUCUGAG